GUUUCUAAGCAAAAAGGUUGAUUAUUUUAUAUAUCCAAUCAACAUAUUUUUUUUAUUCCAUUUCUAUCCAUCUUUAUUUUAUUUUAUUUUAUUUGAUCUCUCAUUAAAUGUAGCAGUAAAGGAUCAUAGCACUCCAAGAUUUCCAAUCUUGCUCACAUCCACGAUGCGUUUGAUUAAAUGCUUCAAUGUGGUAUAUAACACAGGUUGUGACAGGAAAUAGAGUUUCAAGAAGCUAGAAACCAGAAACUUUAGAUUAGUUAUCAAUUGAACUAACUGAAGUGCUUUUGUUGAUAUGAGAUUAAAAUUUGCAAACAAAUAUUGAAAGAUAAUGGACACAGGUCAAUGGCUUCGAAACUCCUUAGCACAUCUUCCAUUACUACAGAAUGCCAAAAGUGCACAGCUUUUGAAAUACCCGCUUGCUUGUUCCUCAAGUUUAUCAAAUGUCGUUAUUCUUCAUCAGCUUUUCACCCUAAACAUUUCGUUAACCUUGACCGUUGUUUCAAUUCAGACUCUUUCUAUGCGUCUCUCAUUGAUAAAUCUACCCACAAGAGACACAUUGAUCAAAUACAUAACCAGUUAGUUGUGUCAGGGUUGCAACAUAAUGGGUUUCUCAUGACCAAAUUGGUUAAUGGGAGUUCAAAUCUUGGACAAUUUUGUUAUGCCCAUAAGCUGUUUGAUGAAUUUCGCAACCCGGAUGUGUUUAUGUGGAAUGCUAUUAUUAGGAGUUAUUCAAGGAACAAUAUGUUCAGGGAUACCAUUGAAAUGUAUAGAUGGAUGAGAUGGAAAGGAGUGCAUCCUGAUGGAUUUACUUUUCCUUAUAUACUUAAAGCUUGUACUGAGUUGUUGGAUUUUGGUUUGAGUUGCCUAGUUCAUGGACAGAUAAUCAGAUAUGGGUUUGGGUCGGAUGUGUUUGUGCAGAAUGGCCUUGUGGCAUUGUAUGCUAAAUGUGGUCAUAUUGGUGUGGCAAGAGUGGUGUUUGAUGAGUUAUACGAUCGGACGGUUGUUUCAUGGACUUCCAUCAUUUCUGGAUAUGCACAAAAUGGGGAAGCUAUGGAAGCAUUGAGACUGUUCAAACAAAUGAGAAAUACUGAUGUGAAACCAGAUUGGAUUGCUCUGGUAAGUGUUCUGAGGGCUUAUACUGAUGUAGAUGACUUGGAGCAAGGGAGAUCUCUUCAUGGCAGCAUCAUCAAGAUGGGUCUUGAAGAUGAGCCUGAUUUGCUUAUCUCACUUACUUCUUUUUAUGCUAAAUGUGGGUUGGUGACAGUUGCAAGAUCUUUCUUUGAUCAAAUGAAGAUGCCGACUGUGAUCAUGUGGAAUGCAAUAAUAUCUGGCUAUGCAAAGAAUGGUCAUGCUGAGGAAGCAGUACAUCUAUUUCAUGACAUGAUCUCGAGAAAUAUUGAACCAGAUUCUAUCACUGUGAGGUCUGCAAUCUUAGCCACUGCACAAGUUGGUUCCCUCAAAUUAGCAAAAUGGAUGGAUGACUGUGUCAGCAAGAUUAAAUAUGGAAGUGACAUUUUUAUUAAUACAGCCCUCAUCGAUAUGUAUGCAAAAUGUGGAAGUGUAGAAUCUGCUCGUAUGGUAUUUGAUCGUAGUUCUGAUAAGGAUGUUGUUAUGUGGAGUGCCAUGAUUAUGGGAUAUGGAUUGCAUGGUCGAGGCUGGGAAGCCAUUAAUCUUUACUAUGCAAUGAAGCAAGCGGGGAUAUUUCCAAAUGAUGUCACCUUUAUUGGGCUUCUCACAGCAUGCAAUCAUACUGGCCUUGUAAAAGAGGGAUGGGAGCUAUUCCAUUGCAUGAAAGACUUCGAAAUUGAGCCUCGCAAUGAGCAUUAUUCUUGUCUGGUUGAUCUCUUGGGACGAGCGGGUUAUCUGGAUUGGGCUUGUGCAUUUAUAAUGAAAAUGCCCAUUGAACCUGGUGUAAGUGUAUGGGGAGCACUUCUGAGCGCAUGCAAGAUCCAUCGUCGUGUAUCAUUAGGAGAAUAUGCUGCAAAUAAGCUAUUCUUAUUGGAUCCAUACAAUACAGGACACUAUGUGCAACUCUCUAACCUCUAUGCUUCCUCUCGUUUGUGGGAUCGUGUUGCACAUGUUCGAGUUCUGAUGAGGGAGAAAGGAUUGAGUAAGGACCUUGGUUACAGUGUAAUUGAAAUCAAUGGGAAGCUACAAGCAUUUCAUGUAGGGGACAAGUCACACCCAAUGGCUAAGGAAAUUUUUUGUGAGCUUCAGAGAUUAGAAAGAAGAUUGAAGGAGGUUGGGUUUAUCCCACAUACAGAAUCUGUUUUGCAUGAUCUGAAUUAUGAAGAGAAGGAGGAGAAUCUUAGUUUUCAUAGUGAGAGGAUAGCUGUUGCUUAUGGGCUUAUUAGUACUGCUCCUGGAACCACACUUAGAAUAACAAAGAAUCUUCGAGCUUGUGUAAACUGUCAUUCUGCAAUUAAGAUUAUAUCAAAGCUUGUAGAGAGGGAGAUUAUUGUAAGGGAUGCAAAUCGUUUUCAUCAUUUUAAGAAUGGUUUGUGUUCCUGUGGAGACUAUUGGUGAGAAUAAUGUCUCAACCUCAAACAAGGAGUAGCACUUCGGGCAAGUUGACUGCUUGCUAGUUUUUUGUGACAAUCGAUCUGAGAUGUAAUCUUUGGCAGUAACUUUUCCUCAAUAUCAGUAGAGACAGCAUGGAUAUUUUGGUAAUAAAUGACAGUUUUUAAAAAUUGUGUAGUUGUCUGCUGAUAUAUGCAUCAAGAGCGGUUCUUACAUUUUGUUAUUGAAACUUAAUGUUCUGAUCUUUAAAGUGUUUUUGCUUUUUGAUGGAGAAAGAGAAGAAAGGAGAGAAGUAGCGGCGUUUUUCUUCUUAAUGUUUAAGAUGGAUCAUAACAAAACUAGGAUAAGGUGACAGAAAGGUGUAUUUCUUAAGCUUUAUGCCUAAUUGUGAAUUUUUCUUAUGUAGUUUAUUCUUAUCAUGUUUAAUCUAACUUCAUUGCAAUUAUUGGGUUUUUCAGAUUUUAGAGCCUAUCUUCAUUCCAGUGUCCAUAUGUUAUCCUCAUGGAAUUGGGAUGGACAAACCAGAUACUACUGAAAACCUUCAUGCUAUUAAGGAGUUUAGCCGAGUUUGCUGUUCUCUUUUCAUUGUUCCAACAGCUUAUGCAUUUUGGAACCAAUAAAAUGGACUGCUUAAUCAGCUUUACGUGACAAAGAAAAACUGAUACGAAACACACCAAAAUAUUUUAUUUGAAUUUUGAUACCUUGUUAACAUGUAUUAUGUUUAAAAGUAAAAAAUAAAAUAAAAUUCACGUAUAUUUAUUUUAUAUACCUUGUCGUAUUCAUGUCUUAAUUUGUUUAAAAAGUUAUAUCAUGUAGAUUUAUAAUAGAUAUGGUGUCCCCAUGAAAAAUAUAUCAGAUGUUAUAAUAUCUUUUAACUUCGUAUUUGUUUCUGCUGGAGUAGAUAACCGUCUCAAUGGAAGGUUUUCUUUUGGUAGAGAAAAUUUUUUGGAAGAGGUCUCAAUUGAAAGGUUUUAAAUAACCAUACUUAAAAUCUAGUUUAGUUCGUGUAAUCAGUAACUAAUAUUUUUACUCUCAGAUAUUUUUUCUUUUCGAUUUCUUCUACUUAACUAAGUUGACAAAUCCUUAUUGUCUACUAUUCUCUUGACAACUUUCAAGCAGCUACUUGAACUUGAAUCGUUUCCUUUGUUACCAAUCAAAGGAUCUUAUUAGCAUAAAGGAAUAAAAAAAUUAAACCCUUUUAUAAUUGUGUGGAGGGGUGUUUUAGUGUUUGGUGUGUGGAUUAUUAGUUUAUUUCUUAUAAUUUGAUGACUUAUAUACAAUAAAUCAUUUUUGGUGAGUGUAUGUUUAUUAUAUUUGGUGGAAAAAAGUUAUCAUUUAAA